AUGACUAGAGAUUCACUUGGUACAAGUAGUGGAAUCGAAAGCAAUGGUGAGAAUUCAAAAAUAUUAAAUGAAAUGGAGCAAGAUGAUGAAGAUGGACAUGAAGAAGACGAUGAGAAUAAAAUUAAGAUUGAUUCAAAUAGAAGUGUUCAAAGCGACCAAGAUGAAGAUGAUGACGAUGAUGAGGAACGCUUAGAACAAGAAGAUAUAAUGCAACAGGAUAACAAUUUAGAACAUGAAGCGUACGAAGAGGGAUUUAUUCCAGAAAAUGAUCAAGACAAUGAAAACGACAAGGAUGACGGUGACGAUGAUGUCUAA